AACCCAAGAAAAAAACUAAAAUAGGGAACUUUAUCCCCAAUCUCGAAAUCGUAUCUUCCAAAUCUAGGGUUCUUUGAAUCUUUAACAAAUGUACAAUGGAAUUGGAUUGCAAACCCCUUGGGGUUGUAGAACCAACGGCUACAUUCAAUCCAAUAAGUUUUUUGUCAAGCCAAAGGUGAAUAAGAUCAGCGAGAACACCAGGGGUUUUGAGCCUAAUCAAGGCAUCGUUAGCCUCACCAAGAAACACAACAAGGACAUCCUCAAGCAUAUGGAGGAAGGAAAAGCUCAAGCAAUGGGCGCACUGACAAUGAAUGGCUCGGGUUCGUCCUCAAUAAAACAAGUGAAGUUGGAGAGGGCAAGCGAGCUCAAGAUUGAGGUAAGAAAUGACACGUCGCUUCAUCUCCGCCUCCUCAACGGUUCUACUGAGAUCUUUGGCUCUGAGCUAGCUCUUGAAAUUUGGUUGACCUUCCCUCCUCGUCUCAAAUUCGUUGUAAUUUUCCAGAUCAAGCAUGAACAUGCAUUUUUGGAUAGAGAUGCUAGGUGGAAGAAACAUUCUGAUGAUGAUUCUAAACCUAGACAAGACGAUAAGAAAAAGGGUGCUAAGAAUGUUAAUUGGGUUUUUGGAUAGAUCUAGAAAUUGGGUUUUUGACAUUGGGGAUAAAGUUCCCUGAUUUUG